UGACGGGGCAAAACGGCAAAACCAUGUGUUUAUUUUCCCAAAAACAAAAACACGUCUUGCACCCCUACCAAGUCCAACACUACUAACGCGGCCAUUUUCUCCUAUUCUUCCCCCGCACACGUUGCAUCGACCGUCCACUUAACCUCGCAUCCAUUAUGGCAGACAUCGACGUCACCAGACGCAACAAGAAGCCGCGCUUGUUGCUCGAUUCGGAACGAGAAAAACUUGAAGAAUUCAUCGACUCCAUCCAUUAUUCCGCCCGAUACUCGGAUAGUGAAUAUGAAUAUCGCCAUGUCCAGUUACCUAAAAACAUGCUAAAGAGAAUUCCUGCCGAAUACUUCGAUAGUGCUAAAGGUACAUUGAAGCUAUUAUGGGAGGAAGAAUGGCGGGGUCUAGGUAUCACCCAGAGCCUAGGCUGGGAGCAUUAUGAAGUUCACGAACCAGAGCCACAUAUCCUACUCUUUAAGCGACCCAUCAACUACCAACCUCCUGCAAAUCAGUAGAGGUCGGUCGACAUUGGCGUUGCUUGUUCCUUUCGCAUUGUUACUCUCACCAAAAAUUAAACACGUGAUUACAUUACGGGGUGACUGUGGAACAGCGAGAUAUU